UUUGUCUUUCAGGACCAUCUCAAGCUCAAAAUGAAAAGAAAUAUGUUGUUGAAGAACUUGACUUUUGUGAAAUGUUUUCUCCAUUGAAUGAAACUUUGACUGUAAAUGCACUAGUAAAUAUUAAAAUGACAAAAACAAUUAAUCGAACUAUGGGUAUGUCAAUAAAUGAUGAUUCAAUGUAUGGUGGUUUAUGGCUACCUAAAUUGUCCGUGACAACACUUUCGGAUGCACUUGUUUACGUAGAAAAUGGUGAAUAUUUACGAUAUUUGCCUGAAAGAACACGUCUUAUUGUUGAUAUGAGUGAAUCAGAUUUUUUUGUACAAAACACUCAAGAACCAAUUGCUCGAAGAAAUGAAAUAAUAUUUCAUACUGUUUUAUUUUCGAUGUUGUGCUUGGGUCUUUUUGGUUUGUUAUUCCUUCUUGUCAAGCUAUUGAUUGUUCCCGUUGUUAAAUUCAUGCAACAACGUUACUUUGCUCGUGGAAUGGGAAGUUCUGACAAUGGUGAAGACGAUGAUAUUAUUGACAAAGUUAUUGAAGAAGAAGUCGAAAAAGCGAUACGAAAUCUGAAGCAAAGAUGA